GGGCCCAGUUUGUUCAUUUCAAAUUUCAAAUAUAUUUGUUUCAAAUUUUAGUCCCUCUCCUCACAAAAACAAUUUCGCCAUUUUUGUACUCACAAUCUCUUCCCUAUUCUCUCUGCUCCGAUUAACCUGAAGCUUCUCUCUCCGACGAACAAAUGGAUGGGCAGGAUGCAGAUAAUACAAAACAAAGCACCGCUGAUAUGACUGUAUUUGUACAGAAUCUGCUUCAACAAAUGCAAACCAGGUUUCAGACUAUGUCUGAAUCAAUCAUCUCAAAAAUAGAUGAUAUGGGGAACCGAAUUGAUGAAUUGGAGCAGAGCAUCAAUGAUUUGAGAAUUGAAAUGGGCCAAGAAGGUUCUUCAUCACCUUCGGCCGCAGUGAAGUCAAAAGAUGACACAAAAUCUGCUGAUGAUUCUGCCUAAGACGAUGCAUCGAGGUGGUUUGUUACGAUUGUUUAGCUUUAAAAAAGAGUGUUAUCCUUUUCUGGUUGUGUGCUAUGACAUCUGCUAUUGGUCAUCAAUGCGAUUAUCAAUUUAACGUUUUAGAUAUGAAUCAUAUGAGACAUUAAAGGGUGUGUAACAAAGGGUUAUUUUUCUGAGAUUUUAGAAAUUCAUUUAUCCUUGUUCAAAAAGAAGAAAAUAUUUGCAAUUGUAUGAAAAGGAAGUGGGCAAAAAAGAAUGAAGGGAAAUUGGUUGGAUCACAGUUGUAAAUGAACUAGUGUAUGGAAAAGAUGAUAAUGACAGGGUUCACUUGUGUA